AUGAAGUCCAUGAUUAUCGUAGUUUUGGCUGUCCUGGCGGUCGCCAGUGCCAAGCCUUUCCUCGGCGAUUUAGGAGUGGGUCUUAAUGAAGUAGGAACUGGUAUUGGAGCUGGUCUCGGUAACAUCGGGAUUGGACUUGGAACAGGCCUUGAAGAGGAUAUGGUACAGAAUGAAGUGUGGGAGAGCCAUGCUUCGGCACGAAUGGGUCGGCUCGAACGGAGUGAUACCACGGCCUCACAGAAAACCGGCGUGAAACAACCACAGCGUUGUGUUUCGCCGUGUAUCGGAACAGGCCUUGGCCUCGGCGGGCGUGGUGGCCUAGGACUCGGUGGUCUGGGCCUCGGCGGUCGAGGCGGCCUGGGUCUAGGAGGCAUACUUUAA